AUGCGGCUCUUCAUUGCAUCAUAUUUUAUGGCACUGGCUGUGACCACGACAGGAAUAAUAAUCACGUCGCCCAUAGCAGGUCAAUGUGUGGACUUGAGCCAAGAUCUUAUGGUCAAUUGGACUUCCGUUAGCACUGAUCCACCUAACAUCGAAUUCAACAUCACCAAUUAUAACGGAGCUUUUCCUCCCAUUAACCAACGCUAUCCAUCUGCACCGAAUACUCCUGUGCAGACAUCGUUGAACCAGUACACUCUACCUGGUGUGGCUCAAGAUGCAGCUACACUUCUAGCUAGUGCCAAUCAUGGGCGUGCAUUCGAAAUCUGGAUUGUGACACCUGAUGAUAGCUCUCAUUUUGGUUCACAGCAAUUCAACCUUGGAUGGGCUACUGAGGGAUGCACUGCGGGCUCAACUAAGUGA